GAGCAAACAGUUGCAAAUCCUAGGGCAAAAUGUGAGAGCUCUAGUACGCGACAAGAUUGCCUUCAAAAAGCUUUCACAGAUGAGUACAGUCGGUCAGCUUUUAACUAAGUCCAAUGAACUGCAAACCAGGAAAAUAACAGAAAUAAUGAACUUCAGAUUUGGGCAAAGUCAGAGAUGAUUGAGAAGGCCAAAGACAGGGAUAUGUGUGGUCUGCAAAGUUCUCCACCCUGCCUGGGAGCAUUCCUGUAUGUCCUUAGUUGUUUUCUUUUGUCGCUGCUCCAGAAGGAGGCUCUUGGCUGUCCAGCUGCUUGCCAGCUCUGCACAGGGAGACAAGUUAGCUGUCGUAAUUUAGGGCUUUCAAGCAUCCCGUGGAACUUGACAAUUCUUGUGUACCUCAGUGAGAAUAAUGUAUCGCGUGUCACUCCAAAUGAACUGAGAGGCCUGCAGAAGCUUGUUGCACUCUAUAUGGAUAAUUCCAGUAUUUCUUAUGUGCAUCCAAAAGCUUUUCUGGAACUCCCCAAACUCUGCUACUUGCAUCUAAAUAACAAUAAUAUUAAACGCCUGGAUCCAGGAAUCUUUGAAGGUCUUUCCAAUCUUCAUUGUUUAUACCUUCAGAAUAAUCAAAUAGCUUUUGUUCCCAGAGGAUUAUUUAGUGAUCUCCUUUCUGUUAGAUAUCUAACACUUCAAAGAAAUCGUCUCAGUGUCCUUGGAAGUGGCACUUUCUUGGGAAUGAGAAAUCUCCGAACACUUAACCUAGCCAAUAAUAGGAUUUCACGGAUAUCAGAUUCAGCAUUUCAUCAUCUUGAAAACCUUGCAUAUUUGUUCCUUGAAGGUAACAACUUAACACUUGUGCCAUCAAAUGCUAUUGGAAAGCUCAAAAAUCUUGAAAGACUUUCUUUGUCUCACAAUCCCAUUGGUUCAAUACAUCCUUUUGCAUUUAAAGGACUUAGCAAGCUUCGAUAUCUGUCUUUAAAAAGCAUAAAGCUUAAAUGUAUUGCUGUAAAUGGAUUUUUUGGAUUAAACCACCUUAGCCAGUUAAUCUUAAGUUACAAUGAUUUAGAAAAUAUAAAUUCCAGCACUUUUACAUUAUUGAACAAUUUAAUGUAUCUGCAGUUAGACAGAAAUAAAAUAACAAGUAUUGGCAGUGGUACCUUUGAAAAAGUGGGACAGUCACUUAAAAUACUCAGUCUAGCAUUCAAUAAUAUUACAGAGUUACAACCUGAAGUACUCAAGCCCUUAGUGUCUUUAACUCAUCUACAGGUAAAUUAUAAUCCUUGGAACUGCAGCUGCAAAAUGCUUGGUUUACUUAAUUGGCUAGCAUCGUCUCCUAUUUCUGUAAAAAUUCAUUGUCAGAAUCCCCCACGUAUGCGUGGCAGACCUUUGCAUUACAUUAAGUGGGCUCAGUUUGCAAACUGCAGUAGCCCUACUCCCAGCCCAGAAACAGCCCAGAGUCUGGCGUCCGUAGGUGUCCGUCACAACCCCACCACUUUGCUGAUGGCAUGGCAUAAGGGAAACAGGCACAACACAUUUGAACAGUCGCAACAGCUUGCCAAUGCAGAAACUAAAUAUGUUGCUUUCUGGGAAGGAACUACCGCUACAUCUGCUAACCCGUUUCCCUAUGAAGAAAAUGCUGCUGAAAUUCCAUCACAGACAACUACAGUAUUACGAACAUUACCAGUGCAAAUACCAGCACAGACUAUACCUGUUAACAGAACGGUAGAAGGAAAAGGUUUGUAUCCAACAGAUGCUUCUCUUGUAUCGUUAGAAACACCCCUGCUUUGUACACAACAGGUUGAAAAAUUGAGUCAGGCUUUUGACAUUUUACUAGCAUUUUUCAUUCUGGCUUGUACAGUGAUCCUGUUCUUAACCUGCAAAAUUAUUCAGUUUAGGCAGAAACUAAAGGUGCUGGAAAACUCAGGGGAAAAGAGGAUAGAAUAUUAUGGUUUUUAUCAGCCUGGCAGGUACAACAUCACUGGCCCAGUGCAGUCUCUAACUCGGAAUGCAGUGGGGCAUUCAGAACUGGACCAAAUCAGGCUGCUCAAGCGAACACCAUCUGAAAGUCAGGCACAGGUCAUAUUGUUUGAACAUUCAUCAUUGUAAUUUCUCUGUUUUGAUUUGAUGUUAACUUUACUGGUAUCUGAAAUGUCAAGAAAUCAAGAACUCAAUUUCCUAAAAGUGCCUGCACUGAUGAAAAUUAACGGAUUGAUAGAAUUGUGAAAAUUGAUAUAAUUUGGGUUGGUCAUCGUCAUUUGCUUUGUGAAUGUUUUGAAAUGUAUUGGUUUUUAUUAGAUGUCAUUUAAAUCUGAUGUGGAUAGUUACAUUAUCCUCUGUCCCUGUUGUAGGAAUCUUUGACCUAUAACUCAAGUACAUGUGCUAUGUAAAGUACAUAUAUAUUUCUUUUCAUUUCGCAAUACUUGAUGGUAUAAGUUUCUAUAGAAAUUCCAUAGCUAAUUUGAAGCUUGAAGCAACAAAAAUAUCAGUUUUUAGCAGGACCAUGAAGAUAAAAAAUCUGGAGGAGUGAGAAAAAAAUAAUGCUUUAUUUAUUUAUUGUAAUGCAUUUUCUACUCUGCCUCUAUUAACCAUCACAGUGGGAAACAAAAAAGGCAUAUUUACACUUAGCAUAUUCAAAGUCUUGAGGAAAAAAAAUGAAAUUAUUAAAAUUUUAUUCAUACCUAUGGUAUAUUUUAAUAUACAAAGUUGUGUAUUCAGUCUGUGUAAUGAAUAUAUUAAAGUGAACUUUUUGUUACUGUGUAUCUGUAUCAUUUUAUGAUAAUAUCUGAAGCUGGCAUUAAUAGAGAAACUAAAUUUCUGUUGGAUUGAACAAGUGACUAAGUUUAUUAUGUCUAAUGUAAAAGAGCUGGUUAAUUAUUGUCAAUAAAGGAUAUUAUGUUAUCUAUAUA